UUUGUACAGGUGCAAAAACGAGUUGGAAUCGGACCUUGUUUCUUAUUUUGUGUCGAAUCUCUUUCUGAUUUGCCUUUUAUGUGUGUGUGUGUGUUUUUAUAUUCCCAUUACCACCCGAAUCAUCUUACCUUACCUGCAACGACCAGUGACAAAAGAGAGGUGAUAGAUUUCUCUCCAGAAAACUUUGUUCCCUCCUCAUGCACUGAUCAGCACUCUCUCUCUCUCUCUGGUCACCAAAAAAAUUAUGGCACAAGAUGAUUACUCAAACGAUGGGACGGUGGAUAUCAAAGGAAAUCCAGCAAAUAAAAAGAAAACUGGAAACUGGAAGGCUUGCCGCUUUAUUCUUGGAAAUGAAUGCUGUGAGAGGUUGGCAUACUAUGGGAUGAGUACCAAUCUAGUGAAUUAUCUUGAGGACCGUCUCAACCAGGGAAAUGUCGCUGCAUCAAACAAUGUUACCAAUUGGUCUGGAACUUGCUAUAUCACACCACUGAUUGGAGCUUUUCUAGCCGAUUCAUACUUGGGAAGAUACUGGACAAUUGCGAGUUUUGUAGUCAUCUAUAUUAUUGGAAUGACACUCUUGACAUUGUCUGCUUCAGUCCCUGGGUUAGAGCCAUCUUGUGACAAGGAUUCUUGCCACCCGACCACAGGACAAACUGCAGCAUUCUUUGUAGCACUUUACUUUAUUGCUCUUGGAACUGGAGGAAUCAAACCAUGUGUUUCAUCUUUUGGAGCCGAUCAAUUUGAUGAAACAGAUGAGACAGAGAGGAAAAAGAAGAGCUCCUUUUUUAAUUGGUUUUACCUUUCAAUCAACAUAGGUGCACUUGUUGCAUCUUCUGUUUUGGUCUGGAUACAAAUGAAUGUUGGUUGGGGGUGGGGAUUUGGAAUCCCUGCAGUUGCGAUGGCUGUAGCAGUUGUGUUUUUCUUCUUGGGAAGUAAGCUAUACCGAAUUCAAAAACCUGGUGGGAGUCCCAUUACAAGGAUUGUCCAGGUUAUAGUUGCAUCCUUCAGAAAGUACCAUGUUCAAGUUCCUGCUGAUAAAUCUCUUCUUUAUGAGACUGCAGAAGAGGAAAGUCAAAUCCAAGGAAGUCGUAAGCUUGAACACACGGAUAAAUUCAAGUUCUUUGACAAGGCUGCUGUGGAAACCCAAACUGACAAUAUCAAGGGCUUAUCAAACCCAUGGAGACUCUGCACAGUAACUCAAGUUGAAGAGCUCAAGUCCAUUAUCAGGUUGCUCCCAGUAUGGGCAUCUGGAAUAGUCUUUGCAACUGUAUACAGUCAAAUGAGCACCAUGUUCGUUUUGCAAGGAAAUACUAUGGACCAACAUAUGGGUCCUCAUUUCAAGAUUCCAUCAGCAUCGCUCUCCCUCUUUGAUACCCUCAGUGUCAUCUUCUGGGCUCCUGUAUAUGAUCGUAUCAUUGUCCCAUACGCAAGGAAGUUCACCGGUCAUGAACGAGGCUUUACUCAGCUCCAACGUAUGGGCAUUGGCCUCGUCAUAUCAAUUGUCUCCAUGAUCGUUGCUGGGGUAUUGGAGGUUGUUCGACUAAAGUUUGUCCGAGAGAACAAUUACUAUGAUCUUGAGUACAUCCCAAUGACCAUUUUCUGGCAAGUACCGCAGUACUUUCUCAUAGGAUGUGCAGAAGUUUUUACCUUCAUUGGACAGUUGGAGUUUUUCUAUGACCAGGCACCUGAUGCUGUGAGAAGUUUGUGCUCAGCUCUCUCUCUUACUACUGUCGCAUUAGGAAAUUACCUGAGCACUCUGCUUGUUACCAUUGUUACUAAAGUUACAACGAGAGGUGGGAAGCUUGGUUGGAUCCCUGAUAAUUUGAAUAGGGGCCAUCUUGAUUACUUCUACUGGCUCUUGGCAAUUCCCAGCUUCCUGAACUUCACUGCGUAUCUCUGGAUUUCAAAGUGGUAUGCCUACAAGAAAUCUACAGAGCGUCCUCAUUGAGACAGAAUGGUUGGUGGACAGUGCAGGAAUCACAUUUCAAUUUGUUACAUCUCUUUGCAACAUCAUAGAUGGAUGGCCUGUUGUUGUCCAUGACCUAGGCUUAUUUGUUUGUUUGUGAGGAAGUGGUUUCCUGAAAAAAUACUUUUUACUUUCCCAUGUUUGCUGGAAUCGUGAGGAAUAAGUUGACGGAA